GUUCAUCCUCCCUUGAGCUCGCCCCUCAAAUUAUCAUUCGCCGCAUCAUUUUCUAAUAUUACAUUCUCUUUCACUCUCUCUCUCCCACUCUCUGCCAAUCUCGACGGUCUUUAGGGUUUGUGUAUGGAAACCUCUGCUUCUUCCUCAGCGACUUCUGCACAAUCAUCAAGGCUUCGAUACUGUCGCUGCAGCAUCUUCAGGCGCUGUUGUCGCUGCUACUGUUGUUGCUUCUAUACCUAAUUCCAUAGCCUCUUAACACUCUUCGGCGAAUUUUCGGUGGUUAUGGGUUUCACGGAGACUCAGCCGGGCCUAUUUCUAGGGUGUAGCACGCAUCACAGUUCGGCCUCGUCGAAUUCAAUCCAAUCCGUUCCGCUGCAAUUGCUCGACCAAAAAGAAGAGCAAAUUAGGGUUGAGAAUGGAGACGAUCACGACGAAGACGAGAAAUUCAACCUCUUACUCUUAGGGCAUUCAAUCUGCCUCAAAAGGUCGAGGGACGUGUCCGGGUUCACUCCGAACCCAUCAAAGUGCUUGGCGGUCGAACCGGUGGGGCUGGAGGCGAGGCGAGCCGCGGUUCGGUCUUGGGGGAACCAGCCCCUUUCGUCUGCGGACCCGGAGGUCCAUGAAAUUAUGGAGAAGGAGAGGCAUCGCCAGUUCAAAGGCAUCGAAUUGGUGGCUUCUGAGAAUUUCGUGUGCAGAGCUGUGAUGGAAGCUCUGGGCAGUCACUUGACGAACAAAUACUCCGAGGGUAUGCCCGGAGCGAGAUACUACACGGGCAAUCAGAACAUUGAUCAGAUUGAAUUGCUUUGUUAUGAGCGCGCACUGGCCGCUUUCUGUCUUGAUCCAGAGAAAUGGGGUGUUAAUGUUCAGCCUUACUCUUGUACCUCUGCAAAUUUCGCAGUCUACACCGGUCUUCUGCUCCCAAAUGAUCGGAUUAUGGGCUUGGAUUCGCCUUCUGGAGGGCAUAUGAGUCAUGGGUAUUAUACUCCUGGCGGGAAGAAGGUCUCCGCAGCCUCGAUAUUUUUUGACAGUUUCCCUUAUAAGGUGAACCCACAAACAGGAUACAUCGAUUAUGAUAAGCUUGAGGAGAGGGCGGUUGAUUAUCGCCCCAAGAUACUAAUUUGCGGUGGGAGUUCAUACCCCCGGGAGUGGGAUUAUGCUAGAUUUAGGCAUAUUGCGGAUAAAUGCGGAGCCGUGUUGAUGUGUGACAUGGCUCAUAUCAGCGGUCUUGUGGCAGCCAAGGAAUGUGCUAGUCCGUUUGAUUAUUGUGAUAUUGUUACGUCAACAACGCACAAAAGUCUCCGGGGUCCUAGGGGAGGUAUUAUUUUCUACAGGAAAGGCACUAAAUUAAGGAAGCAAGGCAUGCACCAGAGUAAUGGAGACGAUAGUAAUCACUAUGAUUUUGAGGAAAAGAUAAACUUUGCUGUUUUCCCCUCCCUACAAGGAGGUCCCCACAACAACUAUAUUGCUGCUCUUGCGAUAGCCUUAAAGCAAGUAGCCACUCCAGAGUAUAAAGCUUAUAUGCAACAGGUGAAGAGAAAUGCACAGGCCUUAGCUAAUGCUUUGUUAAGAAGAAAGUGCAGAUUGGUGACUGGUGGUACCGACAAUCACUUGUUGCUUUGGGAUCUGACUGCUCUUGGUUUAACAGGGAGGAACUACGAGAAGGUAUGUGAGAUGUGCGAAAUUACUCUCAAUAAAACUGCUAUAUUUGGUGAUAAUGGUGCUUUGUCUCCUGGGGGAGUGAGAAUUGGUACCCCUGCCAUGACUACAAGAGGUUGUGUGGAGGCUGAUUUUGAGACAAUGGCUGAAUUUCUUCUUAGGGCUGCCCAGAUUACUGUUAAUGUUCAGAGGGAAUAUGGAAAGCUUCAGAAAGAUUUUAUCAAAGGUCUCCAGAACAAUAAAGAUAUUGUUGACCUCCGAAAUCGGGUUGAAACAUUUGCAUCCCAGUUUGCAAUGCCAGGAUAUGAUAUUUAAACAUGUGACGUCUCUCAUGCAUAUUAUCUUUGCUUCUAUUACUUACCCCUGAUUUCGUGGUAACCACAAAAACUUUAAUUUUUUGCCCCCAUGUUCUGGUUCUCAAAUUAAUCUCUUGUAAAUUACAGAGGAAUACCAAAUAUGUUGCCCAGUUUUCACAGUAGUCCAUGUUGCCAAAUCCUGCCUGUCUAUUUCCGUGUGAUUUUGUACAAAACUAUAGAAAGAAUAUAUUCUACUUCUUUGUGAAGGUGUUACCAAAUUUA